UAUUGGCUACUGGAAUGUAUUAGCCAAAUCUGUUUUUAGUUUUUACGACUCGGCGCAUGUCCUUAUUGUAGAAAUUUUAUUAAUUUGCGGAAUUAAGAGAUGCACAAUCUAAAAAAAAAUCACAUUCACUAUAACACAGAGAAACAAAAUUGACAAGUUAUAACUGUCAAAGCGCGUCAUCUCGCAUUUGCGCUGAAUACGAAAACUAAAGCUAUAUUAGAUGUGAAACUUAAAAAAAUGGGGACUAAAUCCACAGUGAGAUUGAGAAAAAGAGGCAAGGCUUUUAAAUGUGAUCUUUGCGGGCGUAAGUUAAUGAGUCCGGAUGCUUUAAAAGCACACCAGCGCACAGCUCACAACAUAUUAAAAGUGAAAACGAAACAAGAGGCUAAACCCGUGAAAAUAAGUAAAACAGCCAAGCCCAAGCCGAUCAAAAAAGCGGCGAGCCCGUCAAAAGUGGCGGCCAAGAGAAGCAGUGAGAGGAAUAUCAAGGAAAAUGACAAACCCAAGAAGACUGAUAAACAGGAUCAGGUCGAGAAAGCUAAAGUCCAGUUCGAGUGCCCCAGGUGUUUCAGAUUGUUUCUCACGUAUUUUCCCGCACACAAACACAUAGUAAAGUUUCAUUGUGUUAAUAAACAGGGAUUUAAAGUUUUACCAAACUCACCAGAUCUCAUACAGCCGGUACGUUUAGAGCUGUGCCAGAAAUGUAAUCGUAAAGUGAAAUCAAUACAAGCACAUGACUGUGAAACCAAUCAGGCCGCGGAGGAUAAGACCCGGUCAUAUAUGUGUGCGGCCUGCGAUGAAUGGUUCACUAAUCUGAAGGGUUUUGAUGACCAUGUGCUCGGAACGCACAGCGAGAAAGAAAGUGUGAUCUUCCCGACAGACGAUGAAUUCACAAAAUGGAAGACAGAUAUGGAGGAGAGAACUAGUGUGAAUUACACUGAAGUAGAGAAUAGUGAUCCGAAAAGGUAUCGAUGUAACAGCAUUAAGGAAAAACCAAAAAGGUCAAAUACAUCGUACAUGUGUCCGUCUAUGUUAGUUGUUCAGGACAUAUCCAAGGGACUUGAGGUCAGUUACUAUAAAAAUCAUCACAAACACCAGUUCCAAGAAUACAAUCCUGAGGAUUAUAAGAAGUAUCUGAAGUCUGCGGUCGUAGAAGAGGAAAAAGUGGCAGAAAUAAAGAAGGAAGAGAGCGAACUGUUUGUGCAGUUCAAAACUCUAAUGCAAGGUAUUCUAGCGGAUGCAGAAAAGGCUAGUGAGGCGACCCUGAAGCUGUUAUUAUUGAAAGCUAUGGAUUUAUCAUCUGUGAUGCACGUUCAUGAUGAGAAAGCCUCGACGUAUAUUAAUAGCAACCAAAUCAUGACCGACUCCCAAAUAUCUGAAGCCUUAGAGGAUACUGGGACUAAGAGGAAAUUGGGUCAUGACACUGGUGACAUCAAACGGCCAAAACUAUCAUGUGAUGUACCGUCACCGAAGAUUGUGAACUCAUUCUCAUUAGCCGAACUCGACUCUGAUAUCACUGAAUCGGUAAAAAACACAGCCAAAGAUCAGACUACAUUCAACGACAAAUACAAAGAUUUCGUUGUGAAGAACUUCCCCGAGGCUGAGCUCAAGAAACGCACGAGGAAUGAAAGAAAAAUCAUGAAAACUAAGAUCGGUCAGUACAAACCGAGCAUUUCACCGAAGGACAUCAAGAAAUCAAUACAAUUAAGUAUAGAGAAGCCGAGGGUGAAAGUGGAUUUUGACUACGAGGUCAAAGAACAAACGGAUGGCUGUAAUAUAUUAAUACUGAAAAUAUAAAUAUGUACAAAAAAGAUAUGUAAAAAAGGUCUAUAUUAAAAAUAAAAGGGAUAUUUAUUAAGUUUGACGAUUAUGUAUGUUAUUUUUGGAAGUCAUCAUCCUUACUAUCAGUACCGAAUACUGUCCGUUUUGAGUUCUCUCAUACCCACAUUGAUAGUUUCGUGUGAAAAUGUGUGCAGUAAAAAUUUAAUCGAGCCUAUGGUAAGGAUAGUAAGAGUUUACAUACGUUUAAAAAAUAUUUACGUUACGUUACGUUACGUUACGUUAUAGGUUUUGUAUAAAUAAGAUUUUUUUUUUUCUCCAUAGAAACAUUACGAUAAGUGAACCAGCAUAUUUUAACUUUAUUAUCUAUCUGUUAGCUCAAAAUCUGGGACGUAAUAAUUUCGCUAUAAAUGUAUAAAUGUAUUAUUCAAUCGUAGGUUAUCUGUAUUUUUUAUUGUAUUAUAUUGUAAUAAAUACCUGGUUUAUAGUC